AUGACACUAAGUCGCUCACACUUCAUUCUUCUCUUAUUAUCUCUACUAAUCCAGAUCCCAGAACAUCGCGGGCUUAACAACACCCAUCUACCAACCCACUCUAACCCGGUAUACACAUGUGCCCCAACCAGAACCAAUCUUAAAGGCCCAGAAGAUAACGUCAGUUACAAGCUUUGUACUUCACCAGCCGGGAUUAACCUUGCCUUUAUCUCCGAUCCAGACAUAGACGACACAGUCAUUUUCUCCCUCAAUAUCCGCUACCCAUUAGCCCACGAAGGAACAACGGACUACCACUAUGUGUGCUGGUCAGUGCAAGCCGCCAUAUUCGUGUUACAGAAAGAGAUUGCGGCCAAAAACCGCCAAAACCGCCAAAACCGCCACCAAUCGCCAACGAACCGCCCAAUCAUCAUAACUUAUCUCACUCAAAAAGAAGAUACUCUAAUCACUAUCACAGCACCCCAAGCGUAUACUGAGUUCUGCCUAGUCGAACUAACCAAAUACUUUAUUGACUAUGGAACUAGCGAAAGGGACUUUAUCUACGCCACGCGUAGGCUUAUUGACGAAAACAAGGAGCACACGCCUUAUUCCAUCAAGCAAAUGCUAGCCAUCCGCCGUCAACUCACAGGUGCCAGAAUAACCCGAAGCCCCUUAACCAAAUACAAUCCCCGCAAGUUCUUCAUGACCAAUAUCUCAUACCUCACUGCCCAAGAAGUCGCCAAAGAAUACAUUCCUUUCCAAAAUAUCAGCCUAGUCAUUUACAGCCAGCAAUCCAUAAAGCAAAUAGAAGAACUACUGAUGGUAAGUACCUCGAUACUAUGGAAGUCUGGUGUAUACAACACCAACUCAUCCGGUUUCUACCGCCCACCAACCAUACCACACACAUGCAUUCCAUUUCCUUCCAGAUCCAAGAUCAUUUGGUACAAGGCAGACGAGCAGGCAGUUGCCGAACAACCAUAUAUAUCUAUCCACAUUCCUCGGAACACACCCAAUAGUUUUACCUAUCAAUGCAUGGAAGAAUUCAUUAUUUCGCUACUAUCAGGUGAGAAUAAUGAAAGCACCAUCAAACAUCUUCUCAAAAGCUACAUCCUUCAUUCACUUUUCAGAGGUAGGACCAAAACCGCCCAUGAGGAGAUUCUGGAGUUGUACUUUGUAAUUGAGCAAGACUUCAAUCUUACUCUAGAAUCAAUCCACAGCAUAAUCAAUCUAUUUAAACAGCAAAUCAAUCUAGCUAAAGAGUAUGCCACUGAAGAUAAUUACAAACGCUAUCUCCACAACUGCAAGAUCAAUCCUAGAGCUCUACGCCAGCAAACAGUACCCGAUAACCGAUUUAAUAGCAUCGAAUACAUUGCUACCCACAUGCACCAAUACACCUUAGACGAGCUUUGUUGCAUUUCCUUUCAAGAUGUUCCAUUUGACGAAUACAUCUGCAACGAGAUCUUUGCCGACCUUCAAGACUCUGACCACUGGCUUAUCUUCGUAAUGUCUCACCACCUACCAGCCGAGGAAGCAUUACAGUAUGAACGCACCUUUUGCGUACCUUUUAUUGAAAUAUCAAAGCCCAGCUCCACCGAUAAAGAGCUCGAUUGCAUAUCUAAGUUCAUCUCGCCUGCCCCUCGCACGAUCAGUCUCAUCCAAUUAGUUGAUCUACAUCAUGCUCGCCAGCACAACACCCCACUUGAUAUCAAUGCUUACAUUACUAAAGUACCCAGGUACCAACCAACAAACGGUAUUUACAAUGUCAACAGGACCUACCGAACUCUCAGCACUAUCCACAACAACAUUCCGCUUGUUAUUUCCCAGCGCAAUUGCAUGUAUUGCGACAAUGCCAACUGUAAUAGUGACAAGUGCAACUGCGAGAAGUGCAAUUGUCAAACAAACCAACAAACAACAAUACACAUCCUACUAACUAUUGUUGAUUGGGAACACCGCACUUCCUUCAUCCGAACAGUAGGCUAUCUCAUGGAAUUCGCCUUCCUUUUCACCACUAAGUACAAAGAACAACUAAUCCGCAACAACUCAUACAUAGAGUACGAGCUGGAGUCGAGAAAUCGGCUUAAGUUGUCUUUUACCAGCUAUCCACAUUAUAUUAGAACCAUUAUCAACACAUUCUUUCAGGAGUACACUUCUACCACCCGGCCCAUUUAUAUCUACAACCACAAACUCACCCAGAUCAAUGCCUGGUUCCACCGACUAAACACUAGCCCCCGCGAUAUUUAUAUCUACUACAACUUCUUCUUCAACACCACCCACAAAAGCAUAGUCAUUGACAACUACCUUACAACCUCCCGCCUUUUCCAUUCCCGCGAUAGUAAGAUACUGAAAGAAGCAGCCAUAAGCCUACUUGGCUAUGACAACAUAACUAUGGCCGAGCUCACCACCAUUGCCAAUGACAUCAGUAAGUACAUCUCGCCCAUCCCCGACCCUCCACUCGACACCCAAUUCAUCAAAUCCAACUCAAUAUCCACUCAACUUACUGAACUAGAAACCAACUCAAUACUAACUAAACUCACCGAAUCAAACCCAGAUUUAACUCCUACGACCCCCACCACCACCCAUUUUAUCCAGCCCGAGAUCUACAUAUAUGCCCCCCAUACCAAUAUCAUUGUUAUCUACGAAGUCCAACACAACACAACUCUUCAGUGCACCCUUCUCACCUACAUCCUCACCUACAUCUUUCAACUAGCCCAGCAACAAAUCUUACUAUGCUACAGCACUGUAUCUAUCCAGCAACUAGACCUCUCAAGUAAUACCCAGAAAAUCUGCUGUAUCUUCACCACUCAGUUGGAAUGCCAUGACAGCCAGGUCCUUCUACACAGCGAUAUCAAACGCUUCAACAGCACAGUCAAGCAUAUAAUAGCGCAACAAGUCACACCAGAAACCCAAUCCCAAAUCAUCUCCUACAUCAACAACCUCCUUAUACAAAGCAUAGCCAUCUCCAGCCUCAAUGCAUUUGCCAACUCCCUAACCCGCUACUUCAACCUCACUAAUAACAACACCAUCACCCAACACGUUCUCCUCAACUUCCUCCACCAACUAGGUUUCUACGACUUCCAGUGCCUCAUCAAACAGCUAGAACCCACCCUCGCCACAACCAUCUACAUAUCAUAG